AUGGCAUUUUUUAAAGGUUUGACCGCUUUCAGUGUGGCAUUAUUCUUCAUGUUCGUUACCUUUGUAUUGUGGCAUGAAAAGGAGUAUACUAACUUUCCUAUCAUUGAGACUAUAAAAUAUAGUACAAUUGACCGUUUUCAUGAUAGAAUAGUUUUCGUCGGUGAUAUCCAUGGAAUGUAUGAUCAAUAUAGGGAAUUAAUUGAAGACAAAGUAAAACCAGAUGCUAAUACUACAGUGGUUCUUUUAGGGGAUUUCAUCUCAAAGGGUCCCGACUCGAAUCUUAUUGUCAACGAAGUCAUUCUCAAUGAUAACAUUGAUUAUCGUGUGGAAUGUGUAUUAGGCAAUAAUGAGCUUAGAACGAUAUAUGCAUUGCUUAAUCCUCUAACGUUGGGAAAACAUAAUAUCAAAUCCAUCCAGUUUACCACGGACUCUUUUUUACCGGAUAAAGACACGGUCAAUAAGCGCCACAAACAGUUGGCUAAAGAGCUAGGCUGGUCAUCUCUAACAAAAGUUGCCUUUAAAUGCAGCGCCAUGUGGCAAUUUCACGAUAAUGAAAAAGAUAAGUUAACUCUUGUGGGCGUUCAUGCCGGCGUGUUGCCUGAGCAUCUACCUAAUCCUAUGAUAGAAGAGCUGACUGAAAUGAAAUAUGUUGAUAUCAAUGAUCACACUCGUACGUCAAAAAAGAAAAUAGAUCAUGGUAUAAAAUGGUAUAAACUUUGGAACCAUCUAAACAAAGAGAAAUACCAGAUAGGCGGUAAUGUGAAUGUUCUCUACGGACAUGAUUCUAAAAAGGGACUCAAUAUUCGUCGUUAUACUAAAGGAUUGGAUUCCGGUUGUGUAAAUGGGAAAUCAUUGACUGCCUUGGAAUAUGUAUGGAACCGCAAAACAAAGGUGUACGAUAAUAUUUUACAUUCUGUCUCUUGCGAUAGAAGCUAA